CUACAUCUGAAGCAAACAGCAGGAAGUACGGGAAGUACACGCUCAACAGCAAUUACUUUUUUGGAAACUUUUACUAGCGCAAACCUACUAAAAAAACCGUAAGGUGUUAAUUCGUUUAAAGAGACGGUUUAUAUAUCAGUGAGGAGGUUUAUUUCAUUGCGGUAGGCAUUGAAAUACUUUGAACGGGUCAGACUGGAUCAUCUGCUUUGUUUGUUUACAUGGUGAAACAGCUGACAAGCUAACGUUAGCAUCCUAGCUGGGCAAAAAUAAUCGAGUUAAAUGAGCUAAAGGAUCCAGCAGUAUUGUCCUCAUGAAUGUAACUUAACAUUAGUGAAAGAGCCAACGUAUCUGUGCACUAGUGGAGGGUUGUCUUGGGUGAAAGUGCGCAUAGUUAAAUAAAUGUGUCGAGCGUUAGUUAAAUAGUUUGGUCACUGAACCUGCGGGCAGCUUUAAAGGCCCACAUCUUCAUGUCAGUAUGCCUUGUUCCUGUGGGAACUGGAGAAGAUGGAUUCGGCCGCUUGUCGUUGUGCUGUAUAUUUUGUUGCUCUUAGUGGUCCUGCCCCUGUGCAUCUGGGAACUGCAGAAGUCACAGGUUGGCAUUCAUAAUAGAGCAUGGUUCAUCGCUGGGAUAUUUGUCUUCAUGACCAUACCCAUAUCUUUAUGGGGCAUCCUCCAGCAUCUGGUUCACUACACUCAGCCAGAGCUUCAGAAACCUAUCAUCAGGAUAUUAUGGAUGGUCCCAAUCUACAGCUUGGACAGUUGGAUUGCAUUAAAAUAUCCCAGUAUUGCAAUUUAUGUGGACACAUGCAGAGAGUGCUAUGAGGCCUAUGUCAUCUACAACUUCAUGACCUUCUUGCUGAACUACCUGGAGAAUCAGUAUCCCAGCCUAGUGUCGAUGCUGGAGGCCCAGGAGCAGCAGAAACACCUGCCCCCUCUUUGCUGCUGCCCACCCUGGCCAAUGGGAGAGGUUUUACUGUUGAGAUGCAAAUUGGGAGUGUUGCAGUACACCGUUGUAAGACCCGUCACAACAGUGAUUGCCUUGAUCUGUCAGCUGUGUGGAGUGUAUGAUGAAGGCAAUUUUAGUUCAACAAAUGCAUGGACAUACCUGGUCAUCUUCAACAAUAUGUCACAGCUGUUUGCCAUGUACUGCCUGGUGCUGUUCUACAGGGCUCUGAGAGAGGAACUGAGUCCAAUCAAGCCAGUGGGAAAAUUCCUGUGCGUCAAAAUGGUGGUGUUCGUCUCUUUCUGGCAAGCUGCGUUCAUUGCUUUGCUGGUGAAAGUGGGCAUUAUCUCCGAGGAACAUACAUGGGACUGGAAAAGUGUGGAGGCUGUAGCUACUGGCUUACAGGAUUUCAUCAUCUGCGUGGAGAUGUUUCUGGCGGCCAUCGCCCAUCACUUCAGCUUCACCUACAAGCCUUACAUCCGGGAGACUGAGCAGGGCUCUUGCUUUGACUCUUUCAUGGCAAUGUGGGACAUCUCGGAUGUCAGAGCAGACAUUUCUGAACAAGUCCGCAAUGUUGGGAGAACAGUUAUGGGUCGUCCAAGGAAGUUCUACUUCGGGGAGGCGCAGAGUGAUGGCGAGCGAUCUGGCCUGCUCUCUUCGGGCUCCCAAGAUGCCAUCAUUGAGGCUGCAUCCAACCCCGUGUCACCCAACGGCCAAUACCAGGGCCUUGGCAGAACCCUCACGCCGCACUCUUUGUCAGCCCCCGCUGGGCUCAGCUCGGCCCCGUGGGAUGAAGGACGUGAGGCUAGACCUGAAGAAACCCAGGAAGAAGAAAGGACCAACCAAACCAAAGAACCAACAGAAGCAGAGCUCAUCGUGAUCACCUAGCCUAUCGUUAAGGCCGACGUCACCAACAGACUCUACCAGACAUGGUUGGGCAGGACCCAAUUACAGCCUUUCCAUUUUCCUUUAGACAUUACCAGACUGAUGCAAGACUAAAUAAACUGUUGUUUAAAAGAGGCACAUCAACCAAGUUACAGUAUAAGUUUGCCAACAAAUGCAAACCCAGAUGGACCUCUCUGCCAGUGACAGCUCCAAGAAUGUUCAGUGAAGUUGUGGCACUAAAUGACUUGUAGAGAACUAGCAGUUUUCUGAUGCAUUAGGGAGUUAUAUGGCACAGUAGACAGUGCAGAAUGGUUUUAAAAUCAUAAUUGAGAGACUUCUGGUGAAUUUUAACGUGCGUCCCAAAAAGCACAUUAUAGUCAUGUUUCUUGAGAUGAGAUGCCACAUAAUGCCUCCUGAAGUCUGAGCGAAGCUUGCAUGUGUAUACUUUCCAAAGAGGAAAUUAUUACACUUUAUUUGUGUUGUCAGUCAUAUCAUGAUUUCAGAUGUGACAGUUAGAUAAAAAAAAAGAGAAAUAUGCAGCUUUUAAAAAUACAAAUCUAUGAUACUAAAGCACACUAAAUGUCCAGAAUCAUCUAUUUUCUUUUGUCCUAGCCUGUAGAUGUGUGAAAAGAACCGAAGCAAAAAAAAAAAUAGGUUGAUGCAAAGUGAAGACUAAACUGUUUCA